AUGCAGCAGUUUUUAGCAGCAGCCUGCUGGAUGCUUCUUCUUGGAUCUACAUGUGGUUAUAAGAAAAGAAGCAUCACAAAUCCUGAAGCUAAUAUGAAUAUUAGUCAGAUUAUUUCCUACUGGGGCUACCCUUGUGAAAAGUAUGAUGUCGUGACUAAAGAUGGUUACAUCCUUGGAAUCUACAGAAUCCCUCAUGGAAGACAAUGCCCAAGUGGAACAGCUCCAAAACCUGUUGUGUAUUUGCAGCAUGGGUUACUUGCAUCUGCCAGCAACUGGAUUUGCAACCUACCCAACAAUAGCUUGGCCUUCCUUCUGGCAGAUCAUGGUUAUGAUGUGUGGAUGGGAAACAGCCGGGGAAACACCUGCUCCAGAAAACACUUGAAAUUGUCAACCAAAUCAACAGAGUAUUGGGCGUUCAGCUUGGAUGAGAUGGCUAAAUAUGACCUUCCAGCCACACUCAAUUUCAUCACAGAGAAAACUGGACAGGAGCAACUCUUCUAUGUGGGUCACUCCCAAGGCACUACCAUAGGUUUCAUAGCAUUCUCUACAAAUCCAGAAUUGGCUAAGAAGAUCAAGAUCUUUUUUGCAUUAGCUCCAGUAGUCACAGUGAAUUACACUCAAAGUCCCAUGAAAAGAUUCACAACUCUUUCUAGGCAGGUAGUCAAGGCUUUCUUUGGUGACAAGAUGUUCUCCCCUCAUACAUUUUUCCACCAGUUCGUUGCCACCAAAGUCUGCAACCAGAAGUUCUUUCAUCGUAUCUGCAGCAACUUCCUAUUUACCUUGAGUGGAUUUGAUCAAAAUAAUUUAAACAUGAGUCGCUUAGACGUUUAUUUGGCACAAGGCAGCGAAGGAACAUCUGUUCAGAAUAUGCUGCACUGGGCCCAGGCUGUUAAUUCGGGUCGAUUCCAAGCUUUUGAUUGGGGAAACUCAAAUCAGAACAUGAUGCACUUCAACCAGUCUACACCUCCCUUUUACAACGUCACUAAGAUGGAAGUUCCAACAGCAGUGUGGAAUGGAGGACAAGACAUUGUGGCUGAUCCAAAAGAUGUUGAGAAUUUACUCCCUAAACUUUCCAACUUUAUUUAUUACAAGUGGAUUCCACACUAUAAUCAUAUGGAUUUUUACCUUGGACAAGAUGCACCACAAGAAGUUUACCAAGACCUAAUUAGCUUGAUGGAAGAGUGUUUGCAAAAUUAA